UUAUAGGCACAUAUCAUUAUUGAAAGAGUCUAAGAGAGGCAUACUCAUUGUAUAAAGCGCAAAAGAGGGGAAAUAUAUGUGAUUUUCAUAUUUUAUUGAGGUAUAUAUAUAAUUGUAACUACGCCGUGUGUACAUUGUAUUUUGUGUGACGAAUGGAUGUUAGAAAUCGUCGACUGCAAGCUUAACUUGUUAUUGUAUCGAUAGAGAGGAAAAAUAGACGAGAUUUAUCCAAAGGAAACCCGGUUCCCCGAUCAUCGGCAGGGCAGUGAAGAGGUGCAUAGUCAUCAGAAAUUCAUCCAUUUAAAAUAAACACAACCAUUGAAAACCAAAAUUCCAGGAGGAGAAAUUAAAGAAGAAUGAAGUUGAGGAGAUUUCGACGUCACUGAACGGUUGUUAGAAGCCCAAAAGAUGUUCAAGAUUCUAUGCGGAACCUGAUAGUUGCUCGAGAUGAAUUUUAGAGAUAUCAUCGUUAUGCAUUCGUAGUAUAUUUGAUCGAAACCUUGUGUGUUCCCGUCUUUUUUUUCAUUUAUUUUCCCGUGUAUAUUGGAUAUAAGUUUAUUAUUUAUCUUUCUUAUUUUUCAAAGAGAAGCUGUAUUUAUGUAUCCCGUGACGAUGAAAUUUAAAUUCAAAUAUUCCUUACAAUCACUUUUCCGGAAUUAUUUAGUUUACGUCCUGCUGUGGAUGCUGAUGUUUCUUGAUGUUACAUCACAGUUUAACAAUAUGUUCGCUGCCCAGGACCCUUCCGACGACCCGUGUUACGACGAGAAGGGGGGACCCAAACAGUGCAUUCCUGAUUUCGUGAACGCUGCCUUCGGUCAGGAGGUAGUGGCAUCCAGCACCUGUGGCUCGCCACCUAGUAGAUACUGCCAGUCGACAAGAGACAAGGAUAGGGUUGUAAGGAACUGUUUCAUCUGCGACUCCAAGCACCCCAAACGAAUGCACCCCCCGUCUUAUCUUACAGACCUGAACAAUGCCAAUGAUCUGACGUGUUGGAUGUCCAACACGUUCGUACAGUACCCCCAGAACGUUACCCUGAAGCUGUCCUUGUCCAAAAAGUACGAGCUUACCUACAUCAGCUUACAAUUCUGCUCUUCCAGGCCAGAAUCUAUGGGAAUAUACAAGAGCACGGAUUAUGGUAAAUCGUGGGUUCCAUUUCAAUAUUACUCUAGCAAUUGUAAGAAAAUGUACGCCAAGUCCCCUAAAGGUGUUGUGUCGCGAUCAAACGAACAAGAGGCGUUAUGCACGGAACAGUACAGUAAUAUAGAACCCCUGAACGGGGCGAGGGUGGCGUUCAGUACUUUAGAGGGUCGUCCGUCGGCUUACGAUUUUGAGAAUAACGCCAUUCUCCAAGACUGGGUUACAGCGACAGACAUCAUGAUCGUCUUUAACAAACUGAACACGUACAAUGACGAAAACGAGGACGAUGACGGGGUGAGGGAGAGCUAUUACUACGCCAUGUCCGACCUGGCGGUAGGGGGGCGAUGUAAAUGUAACGGCCAUGCUUCCAAGUGCGUCAAAAAUCGCUCUGGACAGUACGUCUGCGAGUGCAAGCACAAUACGGCGGGAAAUGACUGCGAAAAGUGUAAACCCUUCCAUUUUGAUCGACCGUGGGCUCGGGCUACUUCCGCUGAUGCUAACGCAUGUGUCGCCUGUAAUUGUAAUCUCCACGCCCGUCGUUGUCGUUUUAACGAGGGCCUGUACACCCUCUCUGGAAAAACCAGCGGCGGGGUGUGCAUAAAAUGCCGAGAUAAUACGGCUGGUCGAAACUGCCAUUACUGUCGUCAAGGCUAUUUCAGGGACCUCGACAAGCCGAUGACGCACCUGAACGCGUGCAAAGCCUGCAAAUGCCACCCCGUCGGAGCUCUUGGAAGAAUCUGUAACCAAACAACUGGUCAAUGCCCUUGCAAAGAUGGCGUCAUUGGAAGAACUUGCAACCGUUGCCAUAGUGACUACGACCAAACGGCUUCAUUAAUACAGCCUUGCAUUAUUGCCACGACGACAGCACCACCAUUUAUAAAUUCUACCACAGAUGGCGCUCCAACUAAACGACCAACAACACCACCGCCAGGCAUAAAAUGUAGACCCCAAAAAUGCAAAAAGAAGCAGCGAAGACUAAAUCUCCGAAAAUUCUGUCGAAGAGAUUAUGCAAUCCAGGCCAAUAUUUUGUCCCGCAAGACCGAGGGAGAGUGGAUGAAGUAUACCAUAAACGUCAUCAGUAUAUACAAACGCAGUUCCCAUCAGAAGCGGGGUGAAACAUUCCUCUGGGUUCCCAAACGCCAUGUGAAAUGUAAAUGUCCGAAACUGCGGCUAGGCAGACGAUAUUUCCUUGUCGGUCGUCUGCGCAGCACCUACAGAAAGCCCGGAUAUAUUGCAGAUAACAGUACAGUUGUGAUUAGGCACCGCGACCGGUGGCACAAGAAAAUAAAAUCAUACAUGAGGAAAGAGAGAAGAGGAAAGUGUAAUAGUUCCGAUCGAAGGAGAAGAACAUAGUGACUUUUCACGAUGAUUUUCAUCGAAAUGGUUGUGAAUAGAAAAAUAAAACCAAACCAAAGAUUUUUUUAUUGAACAAAAGUAGAGUACUUGGUUGGGUGUUGCAAUCAAAGAGACAAUAAGACUGAAUAUCCUUUCCACUAAUCGGCAAUUGCAUUUAAGUAAAAAGACAUGCAGUGAUCUUUCUGAGAGGAUGUCUGGCAUACGUGACAAUGCCAAACACACACAAAACAUCCCCUAAAGAAAGCUACGCGUGAUCUGGCGAAAUCGUUCGAGAUCUGGCGAACUCACGUAAGAUCUGGCGAAAAAACAUAUUGUGUGAAUUGAAUAUCAAAGUGACAGAAAAUUUUUGAAAUCUGCCUUUGAUUUCACGUGAAUCCCAGCAUCGGAUCUCUUUCAUAUAUUGGCUGAACUAUUUCUUAGAGACACGCCAAAUUGGUGACUCUCAGAGAACGGCCUAUUAUAUAAAAGGAGGUGGUUGCAAGCAGAAUGCAUUGUGUGGAUUUAUCAAAGUUGUAUAUUUUGCCAAAGUCGUUAAAUUUCACGUGUUGUACAGUUUUUUUGGUUUUUUUUAUAUUUUAUUACAGUGUCUGGUAAUUAUCGAUGGAUAAACAUGUUUCAAAUGAUGGUAUACCGAAUGUUCUGUGCAGGAUUUCUAAGAAUUUUCAUUUUUGGUAUCUGUUAUCAAAAGAGCGAGAUGACGCACAAUCCAGUUUUUUUUCUUACGUGGUUCUCUUUAUAUUUCAUCUGCAAUAUUGAUGAUGAAAUUGCAUUAAACAUGAAAUAUGACUACAAUUAUUAUCAAGAAAAAAAAUUAAUAGUGUGCUGGAACAAGGCUUGUUGUAAAUAUUAUUAUGUUGUGGUGUCUAUUUCAUGACAGAGUUGCAGAUUUUAACUGCAAUUUAGAUGAAAUGAAAUACUCCUUGUGGUCAGUAAAAUGGUCAAAUGACGUCAUCCGAUGUAUUUAUUUAUAUCCGUUACUUAUCUGUUGUAAUUAUUGUUUUCAUUACUUGUAAUUAAAUGUAUUUUAAUUAAGAUGCUAUUAUUACUACCCGUCAUUUCUUGAAUGAUUCUUCAACACAUGAACCAAAAUAAAUUUCAUUUAAUAUUGUUA